UUAAAGGAUCAAUGACUAGAGAGUAGUUGGAUUUUCCCCCACUUCUUUUAAUUCUACAUCCGUUAAACUUUCAAAUCGUGCACCCUACAUCGUCAGAAGGUUUUGGAAAAUUCUCGAGCGGUUACUGCAACGUAGCAUAGCAGCAUAUUGCCGUUUGUUUGGCCUCCUUUUUUUUUCCUUUGUAAUAUCACUAUUAAAUAUUACGGAAUGCCGAAUCUCAUCUAUUAUUCCGACAAAUAUUACGACGAUCUUUAUGAAUAUAGGCACGUGGUUCUACCAAAAGAUAUGCAGAAAUUAGUGCCAAAAACUCAUCUAAUGUCCGAGCAAGAGUGGAGAGCUAUUGGAGUUCAACAAAGUCAAGGAUGGGUACAUUACAUGAUCCAUUAUCCAGAACCACAUAUUCUCUUAUUCAAGAGAAAGAUCACAUCUCCUCCACCAGAAAAUAAUUCGUAAGAGUGCGUUACAUUUCAUUGUGAAAAUAUUUUUUUAAACCAUAGAAGCAAUGGAAGGGUUCAGCGCUAGAUAAUUCAUUUUAGCAAUUGAAAAUAAUAUUAUAUUUCCAAACAUCAUAAAAGUGAAGUAUAUGUUAUUAUAAAAAAAAAAAAAAAAAAGAAAAAAAAUGUAAUCGUUUUAAAUUUAAGACGUGACAUUAGCUGUGCUCUUCUCAUAAUUUACUUCAAUAUGUCAUCGAACUAUCCUGUAUAUAUGUCUAUAAACUACUUUAGCUUUUAAUAUUCCAUCCUGUUAAUGACGUUUCCUGGAAAGAUAAUAGAAAAUUCAAUAUCUCAUUGAAUCCAAAAUGAUGAGCUGAGCAAGCCGGAAACAUAUAAAAUAAGAAGUAUUCUAGAAAACUUUUUGUGUUAAGUGCCUUAGUAUAUGGUAAAUUUGUCGUACUUUUCACGAUGUGUUUGAAUAAUAUGAUAGAGUAAUUUUUAUAAAACUUCAUCAUAUUACUCACGUUAUUUUAGUAUUCAGACUUAUUAAAAAAAAACAAAAAUAAAAAAAAAAAAAAAAUAAAUAAAUGCGUCUUCGUUUUCUCAAACUUAUUGUAAGGGUAAUGUUUCCAUUGACAGUUAGUAUUUUUUUGUAACUUAAUAUUUAAAUAUUUGUAUACGUAUGAGUAAUAAUUGAGUUCGCUAAACAAAAAGACAUGUACCCAUAAUAAAAAAUAAACGUUUCUUUCUAAUUGA